AUGAAAGAGCACACGCUCUUCGACAAGCGGAAAGGAUUUGCUCUGGAGGGGAACCAGUCCGAAAGGUCCGAAAAGGUCGAUAUAGUUCGACCCGGACGGGGCCAGAACGACACCGGGACAUUUUGGCGAUGGCUGGUAAACCUUGCGCUCUACGCGUCUACUCUAGGGCUGGGAAUGGCCAUCUCUGUAUUGGGCCCGACCUUUGAAGACCUGGCUAGUAAUGUCAACAAAAACAUCAGUGAUUUGUCCUAUAUCUUUGUGGGUCGUUCAUCAGGAUAUGCUGGAGGUUCUCUAUUAGGAGGGAUCCUAUUUGACUCAGUGAAUCCCUAUCUAUUGCUGGGCUUCUCAUUGUUGAUCACAGCAUUUGGGAUGUGUGGGACUCCAUUCUGUAAACAAGCUUGGCUGCUCACCGCUCUGGUAUCCAGUGUGGGGAUGUCAAUGGGAGUUAUAGAUACAGGUGGUAAUGUUCUGAUAUUGGACACGUGGAGAGAGCAGGCUGGGCCUUACAUGCAGGCUCUCCACUUCAGCUUUGCUGCUGGAGCGUUUGCCUCCCCGAUCAUAGCCAAGCUGGUGUUUGGCCACAAGAAAGAUCCCCACAUGAAUUCCACCACUUAUGCUCCUCCAUCGUCUGACAACUCCUCCAACACCAUCCUUUCAUUUUCCCAUCCUACAAGCAAUUUUAUAUCAUCCAUGUGGGCUUACAUUGUGAUUGGUGCUUUUGUUUUUUUAGUGUCACUAAUAUUUUUCAUCCUGUACUUCCGUGGUACCCCCACCUCUAAACGAGUAAAGACGGCCUCAGGAAAGCCACUGUUCUCCAAACACCACAACACUCUCGUAUUCCUGCUGUCCAUGUUCUUUUUCUUCUAUGUUGGAGGUGAAGUAGCAUAUGGCUCCUUUAUUUUCACCUAUGCAAAGGACUACACUGGUAUGGAGGAACCUCAGGCAGCAGGGCUGAACUCACUCUUCUGGGGAACGUUCGCAGCUGGUCGUGGUCUGGCCAUCUUCUUUGCGACUUGUCUGCGGCCAGGCACCCUGAUCCUGUUGAGUCUAGUGUGUUCUACAGUUUCCUCUCUCCUACUGAUGCUUUUUAGCAGAAAUUACCCUGUGCUCUGGACUUGCACAGGCCUCUAUGGUGUCUCCAUGUCUACCAUCUUUCCCAGUGGGAUUUCAUGGAUGGAGCAGUACACAACAGUGACAGGGCGGUCAGCUGCAGUGUUUGUAGUGGGUGCAGCCCUCGGUGAGAUGGCCCUGCCAGCCCUAUUGGGCUUCUUACUGGGGCAGGUGCAGAAACAGCCAUUGUUGAUGUACCUGGCAUUUGGCACAUCAAUCUUCACUUCCAUCCUCUUCCCUAUCAUGUACAAACUAGCAUCACAAGGAAGGGACUCUUAUAUAAAGAAAGUGCAAGGCAAACACACCAAGGAUGACAGUGAGUACUGGCAAGCCACACUAGACAAUGUGGAAGAAGUGGAGGAGUUGAAGAAUGAAGAUGAAACUGAUCAAUUUAAAGAUGGAGACGAUGCCAGUCUAGCGAACUCUCCUGCCAAUGCUUCAGUGUCAUCUGAUGCUGCAGCCACUGCUCUUGCUGAGCAGUCAAUGAGCACUUCCUGAGCCCUUCAACCAGCACCUUCAGCAUACCCCACAGCCCUAGAUCCUGUGUCUAAGAAUUUACUAGCUGCAAACUGUUAAUGCUUACAGGGAGGAAUGAAGUUCCAGAUCUGCUAUAGAUAGUAUUCUGAUGAUGUCACGACACGUGUCAUCACCAUAUUGGGGAGACACCAGAUCAAAACACACAGUUUGUCUGCCGAUGCAGUGGGAGAAAGAAUAUUACUUAAUACCUUGUAAAGUUUAGUGUAGUAUUUCAAGUUUAA